AUAUCGCGCACAUCCACCCAAGCAGUAAUCUUUUGUCUUUUUUCCCUCCCUCCCGUCAUGCCUGGAGUACUCCCCAUCGAUGGAAUAACGCAGCUGGCCAAUCUCCACCCAAGGCCGAGUCAUAUUCGGUAUCAGUAUGGAACGGCAGGUUUCAGAACAUUAGGAAUCGUGCUUGAUUCUGUUCUAUUCCGGGUAGGUAUUCUCGCCGCUCUCAGGAGUAAAAGGCUAGAUGGAAAGACCAUCGGGGUGAUGGUGACCGCAUCCCACAACCCAGAACCGGACAAUGGCGUCAAACUAGUUGAUCCUCGUGGAGAAAUGCUCGAAGCCUCAUGGGAGGCGCAUGCUACAACACUCGCAAAUGCCGCCACCACCGAAGACUUCAUCAAAGCACUCGAGACUCUCGUGAAGACAGCCAAGAUCGAUCUCUCAAAACCUGCCAGGGUUGUCUACGGUCGCGACACCAGACCAUCUGGCCCCGCGUUGAUAUCUGCUCUUGAAGAUGGAUUUAAAGCUAUCGGCGCUGAAAGUCGGGACGCGGGUGUCACCACGACGCCGAUCCUUCACUACCUCGUCCGUGCUACCAACACCAAAAGAACGAAGAAUGCAUAUGGAGAGGAUACGGAAGAAGGCUAUUUUAAGAAACUGUCCGGUGCCUUCAAGAAGCUUGUCGCCGGAAAACCUGUCUCGCCGCCUCUCGUUGUGGAUUGCGCCAAUGGCGUGGGCACAGAUGCUGUGAACAAAAUGAUUGGAUACCUCGACAACAGCCUCAAACUCAUACCCUUCAACACCGCCACGACUACUCCUGGCGCGUUGAACAACGCCUGCGGCGCGGACUACGUGAAGACAACGCAGAGAUUACCCCCUUCCCUCAUAUCGCAUCUGAAGCCCGGACAGAGGGCAUGUAGUUUCGAUGGGGAUGCCGAUCGUCUGAUUUACUACUAUUUGGACGAUCGCGGACAGUUUCAUAUGCUGGAUGGCGACAAAAUCGCUGCUUUGGUAGCGGCGUUCAUCGUCGAGCUCGUCAAGACGGCUGGGCUCGAGAACGAGAUCAGGAUGGGCGUCGUACAGACCGCGUAUGCCAACGGCAGCUCGACAAAAUAUCUCAGCGAGCGUCUUCCUGUGCGUUGUGUGUCGACUGGGGUGAAGCACCUUCAUCAUGCUGCGGAGCAUUUCGCCGUCGGUGUCUACUUCGAAGCCAACGGACACGGAACUGUGCUCUUCUCGCACGAGACGCUCGAAAAACUGGCUACCCAUGAACCGUCGACUCCUGCGCAGUCGCGCGCCCUGAACUACCUUGUAGACCUUACGAAUCUGAUCAACCAAACCGUCGGGGACGCGCUCUCGGAUCUCCUCCUGGUCGAGACCGUGCUUGCGCAUAAGUCAUACUCUGGCAUCGAGUGGGACUCGUUGUACGUUGACCUGCCUAACCGACUUGUCAAGGUCGUCGUGGCGAACAGGCACGCGUUCCAGACGGAGGACGCUGAGCGACGGCUCGUCAGCCCGAAGGGUUUGCAAGGAAAGAUCGAUGACCUUGUGAAGAGGUACGGUGGUGGACGGUCCUUUGUCCGGCCCAGUGGAACCGAGGACGUCGUUCGGGUCUACGCGGAGGCUACCAUCAGGUCUCAGGCUGAUGAGCUGGCGUUCCGCGUUGCUGGGUUGGUGUAUGAUGAGACUGGUGGCGAUCCUACCACUCGCCCCAAGGAGUUUUUCGACGAGGAGAGAAACGAGAAAAGCGUAAGCACAAUGACGGGAUGGACGGACGUGUUCCGAACGGAGAAGCGUCGUGGACAAACGUGGAAUCCCGCGGCACCAGGAUUUCUUUCCUUUUAUUGCACGAGUUUCCCCCAUGAGGAUAAAUCGGAAGAUGCCGGGCACGCAGGAUUGAGCGAUGGUGGUGCAAGUUGGAUGCAAGCAGGCUACAGAAAGCUGUCCCGCCAUGACUCGCAUCUCAUCUAUAAGGGCUCUUCUCCUGUGCAACUCUCGCAUCUUCUCACCAGGCCGUGCCAUUCCAUCAUCAACCAGGCCUUUGACUCAAGGUUGAGGGUCGAUCAGCGAAGACCUAUUAAUGGUGACGGGUUUGGCGUCGGCUGGUACGACUCUGUGUACGAAGAGGACCUAGGAAAGCAGCCAUGCAUUUUCACCUCUGUGACUCCGGCAUGGAACAACAUCAAUCUCACGCGGUUGGCGGAGAAGAUCAAGUCGCCCUUGGUCUUUGCCCAUGUCCGUGCUACCACCGCCGGAUCUCUUUCCCUGGAUAACUGCCAUCCGUUCAUCUACGGAAAGAUCAUGUUUAUGCACAAUGGCAGCAUUGAGCAGUUCCCUAGGAUCAAGCGACGACUGCAGGCCGAGUUGCCAGACGAGAUCUUCAAUGUUGUAAACGGGAACACCGACUCUGAAUGGUCGUUUGCGCUCUUCUUGUCCAAGCUCCCAAACGCAGAUGCAGAUACAUUCACGCAUCAAACACUCCGCCAGGCUAUGCUGGAUACUAUCGCAUCCCUCAAUCAGUUUGCCGAGGAAGCUGGCAUCACAGAGCCUAGUCUGAUGAACUUCUGUGUGACAGACGGUGAUAGCGUUGUAGCUACCCGCUACGUGUCAUCUCGUUAUGACGAGGCUGCGUCUUUGUGGUUCUCGUCCGGUACCGCAUUUAGUGAGUACAAGGAAGGUGGACACUAUAAGAUGUCAAAACUGGACAAGCGGGAGAAUAUCAUCAUGGUUGCAAGCGAACCUCUUACGUUCGAGAAAGCUGACUGGAUGGAGAUCAAGACGAACUACAUGAUCGUGAUCACGCCCAAGAUGAACGUUCUCCAAAUACCCAUCAUCGACAAGUUCUAUGUGCCUCCUUCGGAUCCCGCAUCACAAUCUCGCGGCACCCACCUCGCCGCUGCCAAGGGUCUCCUCAACUCACAUCGACCUGUCGAAUUGCAGACCCCUCCGAGCCCGCC